AUGGUCAACUACAGUGUUCUGUGGACGAUUUGCGAUUUCGAACGCGAAAUCCCGAGCGAUGUCGACCAAGAAAAGUAUUUCUAUUGGUGGACGUGGUCGGUGAAUCGAAUGUGCCAUCACUUCUCCGAGUACGAUCUACUCGUCAGCUUUUGUGGAGUCUUGUUUGGUCAAAUGAUUUUCUAUCUAAAUGUUCUUGCUUUCGUUGUGGUGAAGGGGAAUGAUCGAAUCGGAGGAACGGUGAGAGCAUUUCUCCUCUGCAAUGUCACGCUUCGCUCGUUGAGGGGACUCGCGGAGAUCUACUUUGUUAGCUGUUUCUUUGGCUUUGAUGGAGACGAGGUGACACCUACUCACUGUCUCCGUGUGAUCGACUAUCCGUGGAGUGGGGCUUUCGUUAAUCAAAUCGUUUCCACGUUUUAUAUGUCCUCACAGGCGUCGAUUCAAUGCUUCGAACACGCGAUUACUUUGAAUAGGUUUUUCGCUGUCUCCUUUGACGGUCGCUAUUAUCGAACAGUAUCAAAGGGUCGACUCAUUCAAAUCGCCACGAUUCUUCUCAUUCCAUUCAUUUUCUAUGCGGCACCCGUUGCCACAUUUGAAUUGAUUCCGUUGGAUGCCGAGGCUGACCUCUACACUCUGCCCGGUUACCUGUACAACACUAACAUUUAUGGCGUUUAUGAGAGACGAUUCGGGACAUUUGUUGACACCUUCAUCAUCAGCAACUUGUGGAUACUCUUCGCACUUUGUCUAAUCGCUGUGAGCGUCGACGUGUUCACGUUGCGUAAAGUUCAUCGACAAAUGAAAUCGAGCAAGACUGAUUUUGCACAAAUGCGCACCGAUAUCCGACUUUCGGCUCAGAUGAUGCUCACUCACACGAUCAACGUGUUUGAUUGGUCGAAGAUCUUCUUGACCGCCACUCCAUCCGACUCGUCUUUGCAACAGAACGGCUCGACACUGGCUCAGUAUUUCUCUAUUGUUGCCGCCACAGGGUGGGCUGAGGGCUUAUUACAGAGCCUCGUAAUCAUAAUGUUCAAUCGAAAACUGGAGACGAGAGAGCGACAAAUGACAUCAAUCAACACGAUCAGCUCGAAAUUUUCCAGUAAA